AUGAAAUACCAGGGUGAUACAGACACAAGCUAUCAGACCGACCUCUCAAUCCCUGAAGGUCCUCCACCUCCAUACUCCCUAGCAGAGCCAUCAAUCUCACAAGCCUUCAAACCAGUCAUAAUUCCUCAAGUAACCAAAGCCUUCGACAGCGAAAUCGCCUCGCCCUUCAUGCGGGCCUACAGUCCCGCCCUCUCACAAUACCAAAUCAGCCAAACCGACUUCCUUACCUUCCUCGACGGUCUGAAUGAGGUCUUCAUCGCCAAUCCCGUCCUACAGGCAACUGGUAUCGCUGGGGCCGUCAUGGGAAAUAUCCACCCCAUCGAGAUUGUGGGUAUGGCUGUUGAGACCGCGUCGGAGAUUGGCAGCGAGACGACAUCGUAUUUCCGGACGAGGGCUUAUUUGAAGAAGGUCAAUACAGACCUAUUUGGACCGAGAGGUCUGAAGGCUAAGAUUAUGGACUUUGAGAAGAUGGCUAGGGCUGUUGAUGUUCAUCCGGACGGACUUAAGGAUAGGAUGGAGAGGGAGGCUGGGGUUUUGGAGGACCAGGACGUUGAGAGUGUUGAGGAUAUUUAUAUUGACCUGGUUCAUCGUGUUAUUGCCGAUGGUGAGGGUGGUGGUGAAGGGGUCGAUGCGCAAGGGAGGAAUCCGAGGCUUCUGCUACUUGAUGCGCUGCAGGGGCAUGUUUCGCCGUUAGAGACGGAGGGUCUUCCUGUAUCGCCAGAACAGAGGAAUCUAUUGAAAAGGUGGAAUGCUUCCUUUGCUACGAGGGAGGGACAGAAGCAGCAUGACCGGCUGGAGAAGAAGUUUCGCAAGGCAAAGCAGGAAAGGGCAGAGAAGUACAAGGAGGCCCUUGAAAUUGGACAGGAAAUGGAAAAGGAUGUUGGAAAGAUUGAAGCCAAGAUUGGAAAGGUCCCAGAGAAGGAGAAACACGACGAGAGGAAGAUCGAGAGGAAGACAUCUCGUCUUGUUGCGGAUAUGGAGCAGAUACGCAGGAAGAAGGUGAAAAAGAUGAGGGACGUUAUGAAGGAUGGAGAUGAGAAACUGAAAGACCUCCAGCGCAAAGACAUGGAGAAGACGCUGAAGAUCAAAUGGGUCGUUAUUUCUUCAGAUACUAGUUCUACAGAUGGAGAGAAUUGA